AUGACUUCGGACACAAACACUGUGAAAAAUGACGCAGGAAAUAGCGAGGAAUGUCCCUCGACUGACCAACCGCCUCAGUAUGACCAACUUGAUGAGCAACCACUGACCAUCCCGCCACUGAAUCUCUCCUGCAAUCCAGGGUCGGCCGUCUCCACGACCGUCACCGGGGAUCAGUGUGUCGCCCAUCUCAAGUUCCUCGCCGCGCUGGCUGACCUGCGUGACAACAUCGCUAACACCGAUGGCCUCUUUGGCCUCUGUGAGCCAUCACUGUCCGAGUUCCCUGAGCACGUGGAGGAAGUUCACGCCCAGGUCCGGGAGAAGAGAUGGGCGGUUUAUACGGCUAGAGCAGUCGACCGCUACGCCAAGUGGUGGAAGUUAUGCGUUCCCCGUUCCAGAUCACACCUCCGCGUCCGGGACUUGAGAGAUGAAAGCUACAAUAAAAUCACGGAACCAAGCCAGACAACCCCUUGGAAGAGGCACUUGCUGCCGCCUUUAGAUGUUCUCAUGGUAUGGCAUGCGCACAUGCUGAACCCCAGAGCUUACCUUGAGGACUGCAUCCGAGACGGGAGGAUGGAAGCCUGGGCUGGCGGUUUCCCUUGGGUAGCAAUCAAUGACUGCAUCAAUGACAAAACCUUGGACUAUGAUGCGGGAGCCGGCGCAAAGACAAAAUUCGAAUAUACCACUCGAUGCGCGUGGGACAACCUACACGACCCUCUGGAGAAGCUAAUCGAGUGUCCGGGCUGUGGAGACAUAAUUUCAGUACCCUGGACACAAGGUCGGAUCUCUCUCCCCAUUCAUCGCGCAUUUUCCAAGUUCGAUGGCUUUGCGGACAAGAAAUUUAGCGCGAAGUGCCCUAAAUGCAAACUGGAAAUCAACCACGAGCGACUGAGAGUCAAGAAAUUCAGGAAGGACGUCCUAGCUCUCCUGGUGGACAAGUUGCCCAUGCCAGGGACACUGUACAACUUGCAAGCAGUUCCGGAGUCUAUCAAUGGUAGACGCCGGCAUGAACAGCAGAUGACAUUCCCUAACCGUUUCGUCAAGGUCUUGGGUAACUAUCUCCUUGACUACACCGAUGCCCGGCAAGAUCGAUGCGCGACAGUCAGCCAACUGCGCGAUAAGCUCGAAUCUAAGCUCAAGGAUCGACAGGUCAUGCGGCAGGCCAAUGACAGUGGCUCGCAAACCAUGCUUUUGAGAGGAGAGAAAGUGGCUUUCCGCCGCAUGAUGUCUCACUACUGGGAUAACACUGGGCCCUUUGCCCUUGAUCUGGUCGGCGCAGUCAUCCGACAAGGUACCUUUGUCCAAAAGAUGGACAAUAUUGACUGGCUACACUCACCGACUGUCAUGGCGACCAUGGGCCGCCUGAUUCGCAAGUACCAAGUAUUUUUCCAGAUCAUGGUAGAUAACCCACGCCGCAUGGCGGUCCCCACCCUCGACGUCGAUCUCGCCUGGCACACGCACCAGCUUGCACCCGGACGAUACUUCCAAUACUCCGUCCACCACUCAAAAAAACAAUCCAGGUUUGCCACGUUCAUCGACCACGACGACAAAGUCGACGAGGGCAAACUCUCCGAGGGCUUUGAAUGGACUAGUAGGGCAUACAAGAACCUCACCGACGGCGAGAUCUACAGCGAGUGUACAUGCUGGUACUGCGAAGCCAUCCGCGCCCCGGACCUCCGCAGCGGGCCCUUCGUCUCCUCCAAGACAGCCAAAGCCCGCGAAGCCGCCGCCACCCUGCACGACCGCCCAGACAUCUCGCCCGACCCGGAGAAAAACCCACACAUCUCUGCCCACAAUUCCGUCCGUGCCGAGACAAAGGAUGCCGCUCUCGGCGUCGAUGCGCGGAAACUGACCACCCUCAGGCUCCGACUUAACUACGAAAAGGCCUGUCGGCGCGCCGAGAGGAGGAACCGCAAGCUCGGCAAGACAGAUGACCAAAAGCAGCGCUCCUCGGCCGCGGAUCCGGGCAUGUAUCCUGUCCCGAUCUACUGGGGCGUGCCGGUCUACAUACCCUAUUAUGGUCCGUACAUGUGUGACCCCGGCGUGCACCCUGACGCCUACGUCUCGAAUCCCGGCUGUAUGAGCUUCGUCGGAGGCGCGGACGGCAACUGCGCUGCCGGUACCUGUGGGGGCGGAGUUGCAGCUGGAGGCUGCGGUGGUAUGGGAGGAGCGUGCAGUGGCGGUGGCGGUGAUGGUGGAGGAGCGGGAGGAGGUUGUGGAGGCGGCGGCGGCGGCGGCGGUGGUGGGUGUGGAGGAGGAGGUGGUGGUGGUGGUGGCGGAUGUGGAGGCGGUGGUUCCUGA